AUGUCCAUCGCCCAGGCGGCGGCCAAGGCCAUGCUAUCUGAUGCCCUGCUCCAGGACAGCUCCGGGAUACACCGGAUCAACCACCUGGAACUGGAGCUUCCCCUGGACAAGGUCAUCAAGUAUGUGUCUGUCGGCCUUCCGCUGAUGCUGGUGAGCAUGGCCUUUGCCCGUGAGAUCUCCCUGGGGCCUCAGAUCAGCUGUUUCCCUCCCAGCAAUUUCACCAUCAAGCAGGCCAGCUAUGUAGACACGUACUGCUGGGACUCUCUCAUGCAUCACGAGUUUGACAGUGAUGGGAACUUUGAGGAACGCUCUCUCUGGGUGCACAAAAUGUUUCCUUACUCUCUUCUGGCGAUGGCUGUGUUGAUGUACCUGCCGGCUCUGAUCUGGCGCCAGCUCGUCAUGCCCACACUGGGCUCGGACCUGCUCUUCGUAAUUGACGAACUAGACAAGUCGUACAACCGCUCAAUUCGACUGGCCCAGAGCAUUCUGGAUAUGCGCCAGAGCACCAAGAACCCACUCACAUUUCAGGCCGAGCUGCAGAGGGCGAAGAAGAAGCGAUACUUUGAGUAUCCCCUUCUGGAGAGAUACAUGCAGUGCAAACAAAACUCCUACUUCCUUGUUAGCAUGCUUUUCUUGCGCGGCUUCCUUCUCCUGACCUUCAUGACUGCUGCCUGCCUCUACCUGGCCUACUUCCAUCUCUCCGCCUUCCUGCAGGACGAGUUCAGCUGCUUCGUCCGCACGGGCAUGCUGCGUGAUCAGAUCUGGGUUCCUGAACUGGUUCAGUGUAAAAUGAUUGGCCAGUUGGUCUUUCAGGUGAUAAGCGUGGCCAACGGUGCCAUCUAUGUCCUGCUGGCGCCCAUCGUCCUCUUCAGCCUCAUUCGACUCUUCGUUUGGGACACCACCUUCAUCACCGUCUACGAGGUCCUCCCGGCUCUGGAUCUUCUCAACCGGAGACGCCUGGGCUGCCCGCUGAACGACCUCAACGUCCUCCUGCUUUUCUUGCGCGCCAACGUCGCUCACCUGAAGUCCUACGGGCAGGUGAGGGCUUUGUGUUCUCUGGCGCCGCCGCAGGUGGGCAACGUAACUCCAGGACAGGGUUUAAAUGCGAUGCUGACCCAAGAAGAGAUGGAGGAGCGCGAAGAGGCGGCAAUGGAGCUCGCGGAGGAAGUAGAGGAGGCCAAGGAAGAAGGGAAGCUAAAUUUAGUGGACAUCAUGACGAUUCUGGGAGCGGCGCAGGGACGAGUGGUGAACUGCAGCGAGAAGAGGCCUCUGGUGGAGGAGAAUAUGAGUCUGGAGCCAAACCACCAGGGGUACCAUGAGUUGAAGGAGACUGCACCAUUUAGUCAUUACUAG